CUGCGCGGCUUCCCUGCUGCUCCUGGGUCCGGCCUGCCAACGAUGGCUCUGCCAGGGGCCGCCGCGGCUGAGGAGCUCGUUUUCUAUGUGAACGGGAGGAAGAUAAUAGAGAAAAAUGCUGAUCCUGAACAAAUGCUCUUGGCUUAUCUUCGAAAGAGGCUCUGUCUUACAGGAACUAAGUAUGGCUGUGGAGGAGGUGGCUGUGGUGCUUGCACAGUGAUGGUAUCAACUUAUGAUCCAGCUUCAAAGAAGAUACGACACUAUUCAGCCAAUGCAUGUUUGCUUCCCAUUUGCUCUUUGUAUGGUGCAGCUGUGACUACUGUGGAAGGUAUUGGAAGUACAAAAACCAGGAUUCAUCCAGUUCAGGAAAGACUUGCCAAGUGCCAUGGCUCCCAGUGCGGUUUCUGCACACCUGGAAUGGUGAUGUCCAUAUACACUUUGUUAAGAAACCACCCAGAACCAACUUCAGAGCAGAUGAUUGCAGCUCUGGCUGGGAACUUGUGCCGCUGUACUGGAUACAGGCCAAUCCUAGAUGCCUGUAAAACCUUCUGUAAGGAAUCCAUUUGUUGUCAAAGGGAAGCAAAUGGAAAGUGUUGCUUGGAUCAGGAAGAUGAUUUGUUUGACAAUGAAGAGAAGGUGUCCACCCACCUGUUUUCAACAGAUGAAUUCCAGCCCUUAGAUCCCACCCAGGAGCUUAUAUUCCCUCCAGAACUAAUGAGAAUGGCAGAAAAUCAACCAAAAAGAACUCUGGUUUUUCAUGGGGAGCGAGUAACAUGGAUUUCUCCCAUAAACUUGGAUGAACUGCUGGAUCUGAAAGCCACCCACCCUAAAGCACCUCUUGUGGUUGGGAACACCGGUGUGGGACCUGACAUGAAAUUCAGAGGUGUGUUCUAUCCAGUUCUUAUUGCUCCUGCAAGGAUCCCAGAUCUGAAUGUGCUGAAAUACACAGAUGAUGGAUUAACUCUGGGAGCUGCCUGCAGCCUCUCUCUAGUGAAAGACUUCUUGACAAAUGCAAUUGCCGAGUUCCCUGAAGAGAAGACGAGGGUUUUCUGUGCUGUCUUGCAGCACCUGACAACUCUGGGCGGAGAACAGAUAAGAAAUGUUGCUUCAUUUGGUGGAAACAUCAUAAGUAGAAAAUCAACCUCAGACUUGAAUCCUGUUCUGGCAGCCAGCAACUGCAUGCUCAAUCUCGCUUCAAGAGGACAAAGGCGACAGAUUCCUAUGAGUGAUAUUUUUGCAGAUGGAGUUGGUAACAAUACCAUUACACCAGAAGAGAUCUUAAUCUCUAUCCUUAUACCCUAUUCUAGGAAGGGGGAGUAUGUCUCUGCAUUUCGACAAGCACCAAGGCGGGAAAAUGCUCUUCCGAUAACCAAUGCUGGGAUGAGGGUCCUUUUUGAAGAAGGUACAGACAUUAUAAAGGAUCUCAGCAUUUUCUAUGGAGGUGCUGUCUCAACAACAGUCUGUGCAAAACGAACCUGUUGGACACUUAUUGGAAGACACUGGAAUGAACAAAUGUUGGAUGAAGCAUGCAAACUAGUUCUUAAAGAAAUUGCUCUUCCAGACUCAGCUGGUGAUGAAAAUAUAGACUAUAAGAAAACUUUGAUGGUCAGUUUCUUCUACAGAUUUUUCCUGGAAGUAUCGCAGUCAUUGAAGACAAUGGAUCCUUGCCAUUAUCCUGGCAUACCUGUGGAAUAUGCGAGUGUCUUACAAGAUUUCAAAACCAGAAUGCCCCAGAGUAUCCAAAUAUAUCAGGACGUAGAGCCGAGCCAGUCUCCCCAGGACCCUGUAGGACGGCCCAUUAUGCACCAGUCUGGAAUAAAGCACGCCACUGGUGAAGCAGUCUACAUUGAUGACCUUCCUUCUGUGGAUGGGGAGCUUUUCCUGGCUCCUGUCACUAGUUCCAGAGCUCAUGCUAAGAUUGUAUCUAUAGAUACUUCAGAGGCCCUAAAAGGAGCAGGUGUGUUUGAUGUCAUAACAGCUCAUGAUGUGCCAGCUGCAAAUGAGUUUCAUUUUUCUGAUGAUCCAGAGACUAUAUUUGCAAGAAACGAGGUGAUUUGUGUGGGUCAGAUUGUGUGUGCUGUGGUCGCAGAUUCAGAUGUUCAUGCCAAACAAGCAGCUGCAAAAGUGAAGAUAGAAUAUGAAAUGCUGGAACCAGUAAUUUUAACAAUUGAGGAAGCUAUAAAACACAACUCAUUCUUUGAGCCAAAAAGAAAAUUAGAACAAGGAAAUGUUGAUGAGGCAUUUGAAACUAUUGAUAAUAUAAUUGAAGGGGAGAUUUGCAUUGAGGGACAGAAACAUUUUUACAUGGAGACUCAGAGUAUGCUUGCUGUUCCAAAAGGAGAGGAUAAAGAAAUGGAUUUGUAUGUGUCAACACAGCAUCCAGCAAUUAUUCAGGAGAUAGUAGCUGCAAGUUUAGGUGUUCCAGCCAACAGGAUCAUGUGCCAUGUUAAACGAGUUGGUGGCGCUUUCGGUGGGAAAAUCCUGAGAACUGCCUUACUGGCAUCAGUUGCUGCAGUAGCAGCAAACAAAACCAGCAGAGCAGUCCGUUUCAUUCUGAGCCGAGAGGAUGAUAUGGUAAUCACUGGUGGCCGACAUCCUUUUAUGGCUAAAUAUAAAGUUGGCUUCAUGAAUGAUGGUAGGAUCACAGCUGUGGAUGCCAAAUAUUACGUUAAUGCAGGAUGUACCCCUGAUGAAUCUGUCCUGGUAGCAGAAGUAUCCUUAUUAAAAAUGGACAAUGCAUACAAGAUUCCCAACUUGAGAUGCUGGGCUUAUGUCUGCAAAACAAACUUGCCAUCAAAUAUAGCAUUCCGAGGCUUUGGCUUUCCUCAGUCAGGACUGGUGACAGAAACUUGGAUAACAGACGUUGCAGAUAAAACUGGUUUAUCACCAGAAAAGAUUAGGGAAAUAAAUAUGUAUAAGAAGAGCGAGCAGACACACUUCAAACAAAAACUUGAUCCACAGAAUUUAAUACGGUGUUGGAACGAAUGUAUGGAGAAAUCUUCAUAUUACAGUAGGAGAGCAGCUAUCAAGGAAUUUAACAAACAAAAUUACUGGAAGAAAAGAGGGAUUGCCAUUGUACCAAUGAAAUUUCCAUUUGGACUAGGCACACCUUACCUUUCUCAGGCUGCUGCACUGGUUCAUAUUUAUACUGAUGGGUCUGUGCUCCUGACACAUGGUGGAAUUGAAAUGGGGCAGGGUAUUCAUACAAAAAUGAUCCAGGUUGCCAGUCGGGAAUUGAAUAUCCCCAUGUCAUGUAUCCACUUCUGCGAAACGAGCACAACAACUGUUCCCAAUGCAUGUGCCUCGGUAGGAUCUGCAGGGACAGAUGUCAAUGGCAUGGCUGUGAAGGAUGCUUGCCACACUCUUCUGAAACGCCUGCAGCCCAUCAUCGAGAAGAACCCAACAGGAACCUGGAAUGAUUGGAUUAGAGAAGCUUUUGAACAGAGUGUGAGCCUUUCAGCUACUGGCUAUUUUAGAGGUUACAAUGAAUACAUGGAUUGGGAGAAAGGGGAAGGACAGCCAUUCACAUAUUUUCUUUUUGGAGCUGCUUGUUCAGAGGUUGAAAUUGACUGUCUAACAGGCGAUCACAAGAACCUCAGAACAGACAUUGUUAUGGACAUUGGAUGCAGCAUAAAUCCAGCUGUGGAUAUAGGACAGAUUGAAGGUGCUUUUGUUCAAGGUGUUGGACUGUAUACAAUGGAGGAGUUGAAGUAUUCUUCAGAAGGAGUCCUCUAUACUCGGGGUCCAGAUCAGUAUAAGAUCCCUGCUGUUUGUGAUGUUCCAGAACAGUUUAGUGUUUCCCUGUUGUCACCUUCUCAAAAUCCUUAUGCCAUCUAUGCAUCCAAGGGGAUAGGUGAGGCAGGAUUUUUCUUGGGAUGCUCUGUGUUCUUCGCUUUGAGGGAUGCAGUAACUUGUGUGAGAAAUGAAAGAGGACUGAAAGAGACCUUUGCACUGAACAGCCCCCUGACUGCUGAGCAAAUACGGGCAAACUGCGCUGAUGCCUUUACUGAGAUGGUGCUUUGCCCCCCUGACUGCAUGCUGGCACUGUCACUUCAUUCUAGUUCUCCUUGCUAUGCCCAGUACUCUUUGGGAGAGAAAUAAUUAACUCAGAGCUAACACAAAGAGACAGAAGCAAAACAAACAAAGCAAUACACUUCAUAUAAUGCUGAUCCUUUGUGCUCUGUUUUCUGCAACUGUUCACUGUCGUUCCACUGUUAUUACAAUUCUUUUUCUGGAUGGCAAACAAUGAAGCUUCUUCCUCCUUGGGCCACAUCUGUGUGAAUGACAAACCAUAGUGCACAAGACCGGAAUGGAAAACUGAUUUACUGCCCCAAGACACACUAAUCAACACACAGAUAAAUGUAUUUUCUCUUUUUCUGAAUAGAAUCAGCUACCAAAAAUAUGCACUUCAUAUCUUACAUCCUUAUCUUCAUUCUUCCUCCAGUGUACAUAUUACAAAAUAUUAAGUAUUUUGCUUAAAUGACUGCAUUUAAUUGUCAGAAAUAAAUCUUCUGCAUUUGAACCAUAUGUUUUCAACAAAAAAGAUCUGAUUAGCACAGCUUAAAUGCUGCAGGAGAUGAAAGUUAGAAUGAAGUGUAAAGGUAUGCUAGAUAACUUACUGUCAUGUAUUACACUUCACAACUUCAUAUGAUAAAUGAUUUUGUAAUGGCUUCAGCUAAUUUUCUAAUUUAGAUUUGAGUCUUGCAGUGAAGUGUAAGUGCAGAGAUCUUUGUCAAAGAAUCAGAAUCUUGUUUGUUGGAUUUAGAACCUUUUUGACCAGAAGUGAUACUCUGACUUGUAGUAAAGCUGGUUUAGAAUCUUUUGGCACAGGUAUCUUUGUGUUAAAAACAUGCAAGAAACAACAGUUAUGAUUCUCUUUUGCUAUGCCAGGCAAGUUGCCAUGGCUGGUCUAGAUAUACAGAAUUUUAUCCCAAAAGUUGACAGAGUUGUAAUUUCCACCAGAAGCUUUCUUCAUCUUAUGGAGCAAGCCAAAAGCCUCUAAACAGAAUGGGAAAAUUGACAUGGAGUUCAGUGUGCUUUGAAUGGGAGAAUGGAUGAUAUGUCAGCCUGCAGGCUCUUAUUAUUUCACUACCUUUCAGUGUUCCGAAAUUUCUCUUGUCUUCCCUUCAUUUUUUGAGCUGAUGUGUAUCUGUGACAGAAAUCAGGUCAGUCACUUUAACAGCUUUUGCAUUGGCUAUUAAGAUAUGAAAUCUUUAUUGUUUCAAUUUGUCUCUCUGUAACCAUGGUGAGGUGGUGAAAUGCAGUUGCUUAAACACAGGUGUCUAGAGCAUUUUAGAUGUCAUAAGGCAGUAGAGACGUGGCACAGGAGAGCAUAGGAUUGGAAGAAAUGAUACAGCAGCUUGAGACCAGGCAGGUAACAGUAAUUGUAAUCAGUGGAAGUGGUACUGAAGGUGACUUAGCCAGCUGAAGCCUUUUUGGGGUUUACUUCAUUUUCUUCACUUUCUUUGUAUUAAUUUGGCUUUUAUAUAUUGCUAGAAGUCAAUAAAUUAAAUGUGAAUGCUGCUGUCACAGUUA